UGCAGACACUUUGAAAAUCUCAAAAGGUUCUUUGGAUUUACCCUUUAAGAGUAGAUCAUUCACAGUUCUGACUGACGCCAUGGCACACUAACAAGAGCAGAUCCUACAAAUGAAAAUGCCCCGUCACUCAUACACGCACAGACUCAACCACGAACACUUCUCUCCCUGCGUGUUUCUCCGCCAGAAUGUAACUGCUGUACCAUUUAAGGUGGAACGGGAAAAUUCGCACAAGAAGCUUAGCCCAUUCUCUAGCAGUUUACUAGAUACCAUGACUUGGCUGCUUUGAAAUUCACAUAGUAUUUACUUUGACAUUUCGAUAAAGGUCAGCCUCGGCCACCAGAAUGUAAGUUAACUGCCGUCCUGUUUAACGUGGAACGGGGAAGCAGAAACAAGAAACUGGCGAAUAUCUCACCACCUUUUAGGGAGUUUCAUUUUUGGUGCCUACAUCAUAAACUCUAUCAUUCGACAAGGAAGAAACUUUGCCUACAGAAAUAAGUGCAUUUUUCUUUCGACAGUGACUGUAAACCUGCUUCACAGACCAUUGACGGACGGUGUGUUGUGUCCGGGAUGAAAUCUCAGGUUCCUACAAUUGACUCUGACGCAUCUUCUUCAUCGGACAAUGAAGAGGAGAUAUCUGUUUACCGGCGACCGUCACUCUUCAAGUUGCCUCAAGGGGCAGAAGUUGACCUGGAUUACCUGUCAUUAGGUGAACCUGAAAUUGAGGAUCUGCUCAAAUCAGUUACAGAACCAUUCAUGUAUGGGACUGGUGUUGACUUCUGUGACCAGAAAGAUGAUGACACGCCUCUGCUCCCUAAAGAGCAUAAUGACCACAAGAUCCUAGUCGCUACAGGGCAUAACUUGGAGAUGGACAUUAUCAACACAACUGAAACAGAAAGCCUCCCUAGUGAAUCUGUGGACCACUCAAAAUCAACUGACGAAAAGCUUAACCUUGUGCAUGAACAGAAAAAGAAUAACUCUGAUAUGAGCACAGAUGAAGGAGAGUGCACAUCACCUGAGUUUACAAACCCUGAAAGUGAAAAGUUACUUCAGACAUCUGCAGGAGAAAACUGUGAGAUACAUCCACAACCGUACCCCAUUUUGUCAUUGAAGCCUCUGGAGAACUGGGAUCUGGAUCAGGUUCUUCAAUCUCUAAAGCAACACACUGGCUAUUGCAAAGACACCAGAGAACAAGGAGAGCCAAUGCUUUUUCGACCAUUUAAAUAUACAGAUUAUGCCAAUGAAAGACCAGAGAGUAAUAUAAUGGAUCAGUUGGCUGCUUUCUGCGAGAAGCAGGCAUCUAAGAAAGUGGACACAAAAAUGACCAGUUCUUCUGAGGAAAUCCAUAGCAAACUUCAGCAUCCUCAUAUAAGUAAUCUAGCAACAACAAGUAGAACUGAUGGAUGGACAGUUGAUUGUAAUGAUAUUGCAGUAGAUCUGCGUCAGAAAAAUUACAAUUCUCCCACUAUAUAUAUUGAUUUGCGCAACCAUGAUCAUCAGACCAAACCAGCACCUACCAGCCCAUCAGACCAAACCAGCAACCACCUACUGAAGCAAGGCCUGUCCACAGAAAGAGUGGGAAACACACAGCUGGAAGCAGCCAGAAGAAAUGGGAUGCUUACUGGGAAGAGUUCAUUACUUCAAAAAAUAAGAGAGUCAAAUCAAAUCAGAACAGAGAACUGUGUCCGAAGAACAACUCCUGAAGAUUCUGUUGAGCCUCAAAAGGAAAAGAUAUUAGGAAUAAGGGAAGAUCAGCACAGCUGUAAGAUUCCACCUCCUAUUAAACAUCUGGAUAAAACGUCCUUUCCUACAACUGCAUGUGAAGAGGCUGCGGCACCCCUAGAUAAAACACUGACCUCUCACAAGAAGGAAGAGAGUGACCGUGUACAGAAGGCACAGCAGAUGAACAAGGCUCAAUGGCAGCGGUAUCUGAAGUAUCUGUUGACCCUCAGACCUCAGAGAUCUACAAAUGAUAAACAGAGUGCUGCUGAGAUGACCGAUAUUCUUUAUGAUACUGAAGGGUCACAUCUUUCCUCAGUUAGCACUCUGCCUCCAAACCUCCAAAGUAGCAAGUGCCUGCUCCUGACCGUUACUUUGUCCAGCCCAGGUGUGGUAGCAGGACGAGCACAGGGAAAGGCACACACGGUGCAGUCAACCACAGUCAGAUCUCAUGUUUACAACUCCCUUAUAGCUUGGUUUCUGUCCUUGGCCGUGCCCAACAACUUUAGCAUGAAGGACACCAUGAGAAACACUAGAGAUACCGCUCCAUUUUGGGUGGCUGGGUUGCAGCAGUUCUGCAGAGAUGAUGGUUUGGUGCUUUAUGUCUGUACUGUGUCCCCUGAAGAAAGCCAGCCUCUAUACAUAAAGCCUAGGAGGAAGGAUAUGAAAAAAGGCUGGGAUCUAUUCCAUCAGCGAGUGUCCAGGUUUCUGUCUCAGACACAACUAAGGACAGUAGUGUCAUGGCUGCCACAGCUUAACCACCUACUAGAACAGCAGGCCCACCCUGCACUCAUCUCUUUGCCCUCUGCAAGUCUUGACUGCUUCAUUUCCAUAAGCCCUGACAAAGAGGCUGUCAAGAGGGCCUUUGGGGUGAGUCCUGGGUUCUAUUGGCAGACACUUGAGACCCGAGACCAAAUAUGCCAAAGGGCAGAGGCCGUGACUUCUCAGCAGUCUCACACUGAGGUAGUGAUUGCUUUAGGAUGUCGACCACUAUUUCAUGACCCUUUAGCGACACAUCAUACCCUGCAGCUUCUACAGAGUUCAGGUCUGGAUGUAUGCGGCCUUCGAUUCACUUACCCUUCAGAAGAGCUCCUAGCAAAUACUGCAGUGCAUGUGACAGGUGGGCACGGAUGGGAGUAUUCCCAUCAGCCAGUGCUCGCCCUGGCUAUCCGUGGAACCUAUGCCAGCUCCAUUUGGCAGGAGAUAACUGGGCCCUCAGACCCCCAUCUGGCCCAGAAAACUGACCCAGUAUCUGUCAGUGCCCUCUACUGCCAUGACCAAGAUCAGCCCCUGCUCCUCUAUCCACGAAUGGCCAGCCGGGUGCACUUGGGUUUGUCUGUGUGGUUUGGUGGGAGAGUGCCAAAAACUGGCCUUAUGGUAACAGAGCAGAAACAGAGCUGUAGCGGCAAGAAAGACAGAGCUUUUAACACUGAAACCUCUUCAACUGCAGCUCUCUGUGCCACAGUGAAAGGCGAUGUGUUCCUGCUUGUAUCUCCAGUGGUUCCACCAUGCUGUUACGGCUAUGUGCUGUCUGUGUGUGCAAAAAGAGGCUUCCACUUAAUGGGGCUACAGAGAGUUCAGAUCUCCAGCAAGCGAGCCUCAUCUCUGGGCCUCACCUCAGUGCAGAUGUCGGCGUUCUGUCACGCACCCACUGUGUUUCUGGAUGGAGAGCUCUACUCUCACUCCCUGGUGCUGCUGCUGAGGAAAGAGAAUGCACUGCGUCACUGUGGAAGCCUGUCUACAGGUCUGAUGAAUGAGUUUGCAUUAAAAGGCUUGGUCGGGUUGCUCCGUGCCAGACUGGCAAGUGAUGUUCGGCUAGCUCCAGAUCUCUGCUUCCAUGCUGUGCCUUACACAGAGAACCUCCUCAACUUCCUUGGUGGGCUCAUGUGGACGUUGCCAGACUUCAGCCACGUGAUCCUGUCCAAUCACAGGUAUCCCUCCUACAGUGAGAUGGAGCAGAUCGUGAUUCUCACGUUGACCGGUCACAACGUUAUGGAGGAGGGCAUAAGUCUGCUUCACAAUGUCAUUAGUGGAGAUGUAGCAGGAGGAGCGGGGGAGGAGAGAUUCGAGCUGUUGGCACUGAAAUGGCUGCCCACGCUGUCCCUGAGGCAGGCUCAGGAGCUGAGCCCUUUCGAGGUUGGUGACCGUCUGUGGCAGAGCAGUGUGGCGAGCCUGGCGUCCUCCCCAGCCCUGGUCUGUGCCCUUAGGAGGCUGCAGGCAUUUGGCACUCUGCGGAGGCUUUUGCCACAAGACUACCCAGGGAACCUGAGUGCGCUGAUGUCGCCUACCCCUGAAAUGGCCUUCAGACAAGCCGCGCUCUUCUUCGCUGAGGCAGAGUUGAUCCCAGAUCACAGCAGCCGUACAAUGUUGAAAUUCCUCCCACCACUGAGCACCGGCUCCAAAAGUCAGUCCUUCUACAGCUGCAUGACAGAGGGCCCACAGCCUCUUCUCACUCUGGCACUCUUCAAACCCGGCGUCUGGAGACACUGCUUAGGCAAAAUCCUCAGCAAGAUCCAGCAGAACGGCUUCACUCUGGUGGGCUUGCGAGUGCUUGUGCUCGACUCAAAGAUGGCAGAUGUGCUGACGGCUGCCCAGGAGCACCAGGACCACUCUAAGAAGAAGUCAGAGUUGAAGUACUUGGGGUCUAGCCCUGCACUGGCUUUAUGCCUGCAGAGAGUGAAUGCAGUUAAGAGGCUUUUGGAGCUGCUGGGCCCUGAGGACCCUGCUGAAGACCAGCACUUGUGGAGGGCCAGCUAUAGCACUGACACAGUGCACAACGGCAUCUACGGAUCAUUCUCCUAUCAGAAAGCUGUGCAAGAUAUAAAGAUGAUAUUCUCAGAUGGUUUGUGCUGCUCCGAAACAUCAAUCAUUAAACAUGAGCAGAUACCAUGUUUGAGUUCUGACCCUGUGGCUAGUCUGGAACGGCAACAGUCUCACACCAUUACAGUCAUUGCCAAGAACAAGCGCUCUCAGUCUGUCAUUGAGGAGUCAGGAUCAAUCGGAGGCAAGGCAUUCCUCGGCUUUACACUUUCUUGUCCUUGUCAGAGCGCUUGA